AUGGUAUCGUCCAGAUCCCGAGGCGGUCCUGCUGGCCGGGUCACCGCCGCGCUGCUGCUGGCAUCGGCCUUUGCCAUCCCGGGCUCGGCCACAGUCAUCGGCGGUGAUGUCGGCCUCGACCAGCACGUCCUGCUUCCUGCUGGCCCCGGGCCUCUUCUACCUUCGCACCCCGACACUCCAAAGCCUGCAGAACACACCUUCACUCUCCGACACAUCUACCACCACGGCACCGACAGAAACCCAAAGCUGCACCGGAAGCUGGAUAUCGUCCACGACCAGUCUCGAGUUUUCCUUGCCGCGGGCGAUGGCUUCGAUGAACACACCGUGCCGGAGCUCAAGGCCAAGAGCCGUGCCGAUACGAUCCAGCGGCUGGCUGACAGACGGCCGUCUGUUGUCGACCCCAUAGUCGCUGAGUCUCGUAUGCAGGGCUACGCGGCCGUUCUAGAUGCCUCGGCAUGGACAAUGGACGAGGUUUCAUCACCGGAUAUUACCGAUAAAAACACAGUCUUGACCAUGGCAUACGUCGCUGCCGAUGCCUAUGUGGAAAAGGAAGGGAUGGCAGACUGGCUAGACAUUGGGACCCCCUUUAACAGGAGUCUCGAUUUUGGCUGGGAGUCGGAUGGUCUGCGUGGUCAUAUCUGGGCCGACAAGACCAAUUCCACCGUCAUCAUCGGCCUCAAGGGAACGUCACCCGCUGUCUUUGACGGAGAUGGCACAACGACCAACGACAAGAUUAAUGAUAACUUGUUCUUUAGUUGCUGCUGCGCUCAACAAGGUCAAUGGACGUGGCACCAGGUCUGCGAUUGCGCUACCGGCACUUAUGCCUGUAACAACACAUGCGUCAGGACGGCUCUCGUUGAAGAGAACCGUUACUAUGGUGCCGCUCGUGAGCUCUACUCCAAUGUCACUGAGCAGUACCCGGACUCCAACAUUUGGAUAGCGGGUCACUCUCUCGGAGGUGCUGUUUCUUCCUUCCUAGCCCUCACUUAUGGCUUGCCUGCCGUGACUUUCGAGGCCGUGCCAGAAGCGCUCCCGGCUUCUCGACUGGGUCUUCCUGUCCCUCCUGGAGCCAAUCCUGAUACGCCCCAAACUCGAGGCUACACAGGAACAUAUCACUUCGGCCAUACCGCAGACCCGGUCUACAUUGGCACAUGCAAUGGAGCGACUGCUACGUGCUCUUUCGCUGGCUAUGCCAUGGAGUCGUCUUGCCACACCGGAUAUGAAUGCGUCUAUGACGUCGUGGCUGACAAGGGGUGGCGAGUGGGAAUCGGCACUCACAAGAUCCGUUCUGUUAUCCACGACGUUAUCCUCAAGUACGAUGAAGUUCCCAAAUGUCAUCGUACACCCGACUGCCGAGACUGCGGUCCGUGGAAGAUGUAUGAGAGCAAUGGCACCGAGUCCACCACGUCUGCCGUGCCCACGACCACUUCCCGAACACGGACACGCACUUCAACAUGCCAGACACCUGGCUGGUGGGGCUGCUUGGACCAGACAACUACAGGCGAUGUGACGUCUGUACCGGCACCUACUACCACUACUUCUACGUGUAAGACGCCUGGUUGGUUUGGGUGUAAGGACAAGACGACGACGACUACAACGACGACGACAAGGGAUUCCGCCAGUCCGUCUUCCAUUACCACUACUUGUGAAACCCCAGGCAGAUUCUGGGGCUGCAAUGACGAGCCUACCACGAGCUCUCUAUUUACGACCAUUCCCCCCACCUCGACAACAUGCGAGUCUCCUGGCAAAUUUUGGGGAUGCAAUGAUGUGGUAACCUCUACCAGUAUCAGCCCAUCUGCCGGAGGGACCGCACCACCUAUUACGGAGGCUCCCACGGCGGUUCCCACAUGA